UUCUACCACUCGAAUAUCCCUAAUCUCCCUCUCUCUUUCAUCUCUCUAUUUUCAUUGAAGCCAUGGAUCGAUGCCAAGAACAAAAACCCUAAUUCCUCACUUUGAUUCAUCUCGAUUUUUCAUCUUUUAUGAAGCCUCCGUGGCUGGUCUCAAUUUCUCCGGUUUUUUUCGUUGUUCAACCGUUAUUGCAAUUUUCAGGAUCGAUGUCUGAGUAAAAAAAAAAAUUCUUCUUUUCUGGGUUAAGAUCCUUUCUUAGAGCAAGCUCAGAGUUACCAGGUGAGGGUUGAUCAUGGAUGUGACCGAGCUCGAGGAGAAUCUAUUUGCAGCCAGCGACGCCAAGCUACAUGGAGAUAUGUGCAAGGAACUAUCUGGGGUUCUCUGCAAGGUACUCUCAAUCUUCCCGUCAUUGGAAGGAGCAAGACCUCGGAGUAAAUCAGGGAUUCAGGCCUUAUGCUCUUUACAUAUUGCACUUGAGAAGGCAAAGAAUAUUCUUCAGCACUGUUCUGAGUGUAGCAAACUUUACUUGGCCAUAACUGGGGAUGCUGUUCUUUUAAAAUUCGAGAAAGCGAGAACUGCUCUCAUCGACAGUCUUAAACGUGUAGAAGACAUUGUUCCUAGCUCAAUAGGGUCACAGAUUUUGGAAAUUGUUGGUGAGCUAGAGAACACCAGGUUCUUGCUUGAUCCAUCAGAGAAGGAAGUCGGUGAUCAGAUCAUUGCACUGCUCCAACAAGGGAAAAAAUUUGACAACUGUAAUGACAACACCGAGCUUGAGAUUUUCCACCGGGCAGCUACUAGACUCAGUAUCACUUCCUCUAGAGUGGCUCUGGCGGAAAGACGGGCUCUAAAGAAACUCAUUGACAGGGCACGCACAGAGGAGGACAAGCGUAAGGAAUCAAUUGUGGCUUACCUUUUGCAUCUUAUGAGAAAAUGCUCCAAGCUUUUCAGAAGCGAGGUUUUGGAUGAGAAUGACUCUCAGGGCUCAACACCAUGUUCUCCCACUGAUCAGGGUUUUAAUGAAGACCGUAGGAGUGUUCAUGGGUUUGGUCGUCAGCUAUCUAGGUUUGGUUCUAUGAACAGCCCAAAAUCAGGACAGAUGCCUGUUCCACCGGAAGAACUGAGAUGCCCCAUAUCUUUGCAGCUUAUGUGUGAUCCUGUCAUCAUUGCUUCAGGGCAGACUUAUGAACGUGUCUGUAUUGAGAAAUGGUUCAGUGAUGGACAUAAUACUUGCCCAAAGACUCAACAGGAGCUCCCACAUCUCUCCUUAACUCCUAAUAACUGUGUUAAAGGUCUUAUUGCGAGCUGGUGUGAACAAAAUGGAACCCAAAUCCCAAGUGAACCGCCGGAAUCUCUAGACCUGGACUACUGGAGACUAGCUCUCUCUGACUCCGACUCCACCAGGUCAAAGUCUGUAAACAGUAUAGGCUCGUGUAAAUCGAAAAGCAUUAAAAUUAUUCCUUUGGAAGAGAAUGGUACUACCGUUGCAAACACAGAAGAAAGUUUUGUGUCUGAUGUUGAUGAUGAGAAGGAUUCUCAUGUGAAUGUACUUAAAAGGUAUCAAGAUUUAUUGGCUAUCUUAAACGAAGAGGACGACUUGGAAAAAAAAGUCAAGGUUGUGGAGAAGAUCAGGCUAUUGCUGAAAGAUGAUGAAGAGGCCAGGAUCGUCAUGGGAGCUAAUGGGUUUGUACAAGCUUUGUUGCGGUUCCUAGGAUCAGCUGUGGAUGAAAAUAAUGUUGCAGCACAGGAAACUGGAGCUAUGGCUCUGUUCAAUUUAGCCGUCAACAAUAACAGGAACAAAGAGUUGAUGUUAACUUCCGGGGUGAUUCCGCUGCUUGAGAAAAUGAUAUCGUCUUCUGAAUCUCAGGGUUCAGCAACUGCGCUUUAUCUGAACCUUUCCUGUCUUGAAGAAGCCAAGUCCGUGAUAGGUUCAAGCCAAGCAGUGCCUUUCCUUGUUCAGAUUCUUCAAGGGGAAACUGAUAACCAAUGCAAGCUUGAUGCUCUUCACGCACUCUACAACCUUUCCACAUAUUCCCCAAAUAUCUCUGCUCUCCUUUCAUCUAACAUCAUCAAGAGCCUCCAAGGCCUUCUCGCAUCAACAGGUGAACAUUUGUGGGUAGAGAAGUCAUUAGCGGUGUUGCUAAAUCUAGCUUCGAGCCAAGAAGGCAAAGAUGAGGCGGUAUCAUCACAGGGCAUGAUCAGCAGCCUAGCAACAGUGCUAGAUAUGGGUGACACGUUAGAGCAAGAGCAAGCUGUUUCAUGCCUUUUGAUUCUCUGCAAUGGAAGAGAGUCUUGUAUCCAGAUGGUGCUACAAGAAGGUGUGAUACCAUCAUUAGUGUCGAUCUCAGUGAACGGGACUCCGCGAGGCAGAGAGAAGUCUCAGAAGCUUCUAAUGCUGUUUAGGGAACAACGGCAGCAACGGGACCAACCAUCUCCAAACAGAGAUGAACCUCCACAAAAGGAAGCUCCCAAGAAAUCUCUCUCAGCACCAAUGUUUGUCCAUGGAUCAGCUUCAGCUUCAGCUCCGGAAUAUGAACCAAGAGUCUUGUCGAAAUCGAUGUCGAGAAGAAAGUCAUUGGCAAGGCCGUUCAGUUUCUUCUGGAAGAAAAGCUACUCGGUUCACCACCAGUGAGAAAGAAGAAAUGUCACAUGUACAACCUUUUGUAUGUAAGUAAAAGCUUUGUUUUCUUUUGUUUUUCCUUCUUCUUACAAAUUACAAAAGUCAUCUCAUAGAGAAAGAAGAUAUGUACAGGGCCACAUUGUGAAUUACACUCGAUUUUGCUGAAAUGUAUAUGAAGUUAUUAUUAAAAUAAAAACAAAA